UUACAUCCCGCAUUCUGUAUUACACAAACCACAGUGUGUAAAAGUGAGGAGGAGUUGUGAAAAACAUCAUGAUUCAACUUCCUCCAGUUUAAAAUGGGCGUUGCCUUUCCAACUUCCCUGAAAGGUGUGGCGAUUUUGUCCUUUUGUGAGAUUCCCCCUCUGACAUCAAUCCAGUCCUCUCACUAAAGUAUAAUACGUUCAUCUUCAACUUCAACAAUGUCUGGUUGGGAAGAAUUGGAAAUGCUGUUGGAUUCCCCCUCCUCACUGACUGUGACAUCCAAUGUCAGAGGAACUGUGAAGGAUAAGCCUAAUUUCAAAGUGGAUGAAGAUGUGUCUGCACUAAAGAAGGCUAUAGAGGGCAUUGGUACGACAGAAAAGACACUUAUUGAGGUGUUGACCCAAAGAAGUAAUGCUCAGCGUCAGCUCAUCGCUAAGGCCUAUGAGAAGCAAAACGGAAGGAAACUGGUAGAUGAUCUGGAGGGCGACACCCAUGGAGACUUUGAGGACUUGUUGGUUGCUUUGGUAACGCCAACCGCUGUCUACGACUGCCAGGAAGUCAUCAAAGCCAUCAAGGGAGCAGGGACAACUGAGUGUACGCUGACAGAAAUAUUCGCUUCGAGAUCCAACAAACAGAUCAAGGCCUUGUCUGAAGCAUACCUCGCAGAAACUGGAAAAGCGCUGAUUCAUGAUCUGAAGUCGGAGGUAUCUGGAGAGUACGGCAAGGCACUACUCAUCUUGGCUGAGGGGAAGAGAGAGGAGAGCACCAAUGUGGACGCUGCUAAAGCUAAAGCAGAUGCUAAGGCCCUGUAUGAAGCAGGGGAGAAGAAGUGGGGAACUGAUGAAGAUAAGUUUAUCGACAUCCUGUGCCACAGGAGUGUUCCCCAGCUGCGACAGACUCUGGUAGAGUACAAGAAUAUUAGCAAGAAGACUCUGCAGGAGAGCAUUGAGAGCGAGAUGUCUGGAAACAUCGAGGCGCUACUUGUUGCUGUUGUGAAGUGUGUGAAAACCGUUCCUUUAUACAUGGCUGAGACCCUUUUCAAGAGCAUGAAGGGAGCGGGGACCACCGAGUCCACUCUGACCAGGAUUAUAGUGAGCCGCUCUGAGGUGGACCUGAUGGACAUCAGAGCACAGUAUAAGAAGGUGUUUGGAUUCACCCUCUACUCCCAGCUAGAGUCUGAAGUGUCAGGCAGCUAUGGUGACGCCCUCAAGCAUCUCUGUGGCCAAGAUGAGUGACUCCUCCAGACAUCCGUGAUGAGAAACAUGUGGUGCAGAGGGGAAGAACCGCAGCUAAUGACCAGUCCCUGACCCUUCCAAAAGCAUCGCACAUUUUCUUUCUGGAACUAAACAUCUAGAAAUGCUUUUACAUGUGGAAUUCCAGUAAUGUUCAACCAGACAGUGGCGUGCAGACUGGCUUAAGAAGAAGUACGGACAAGAAGAUGCUGAUGAACGUCUUAUAAUAUAUAUAUAUAUAUAAUAGUUUGUAUUACAUGUAUAAAACAUAAUCAACAUGUCUUACCAAACAGUUGUUCUUGCAUAUUGUAACUGAAAGUUAACCUAUAAGUUGGAACAAUAAUAACUAAUGUCAUACAUUUCUCAUCCAAGAAAAUAAAAUGUUUGUAUUCUACUAUUUGAUGUGAGUGAGCAAAGACAACACCAUUUCGUUUAUAUAUAAAAAAAACAGAUUUUAUUUGAGGGUUUUGUUAAUGUUGCUGUAACCGACUCCUACACAGGUCAUCAGGACCUUGUCCCCUCCUUUCCUUUCGUCUUCUGAAGGCUUCUGAACCUGGAUCUUGAACAUGAUCUGGAAGAAAUCUCUAAUGUGUCUGAGGAACUCGAUCCUGGAGAGACAGUGAGGGAGAGAGGAAAUAAGUUUAAUUUGUAAGGGAGGCGUUGCUCCUUGAAAUGAAAUAUUGUCCAGCUAUCAAUAAACCAUACACCCUGGGAGUUUAAGAA